AUGGCGCACAAGUUCGUCGUCACGGCCUUCCUCACAGGCUCCCGAAUCCUCGGCCGUUCUUUCGUCGCUGCUUACAAGCAGGCCCAAGCCGCCUCGGCUUACCAGCGGGCCCAAGUCAAGGCCGGCAACACCACUGGUGGCGGAGCCUCUCUCUCCUCAGGCAUGACCCUCGACGAGGCAUGCAAGAUCCUCAAUGUCAAGCCCCCAGCCGGCGGACAGGCCAACGUCGAAGAGGUGCUGUCACGCUACAAGCGACUGUUUGACGCCAACGAUCCUCAAAAGGGUGGCAGUUUCUACCUCCAGAGCAAGAUUGUGAGAGCAAAGGAGCGAUUCGAGCGAGAGAUCGGUCCUAUACGAGCGAAAAUGGAGCAAGAGGCCGAGAUCAAAGAGGGAUUUAAGCCCAAGGUCUACAAGGACUAA